AUGUCAACAAUCACAAAUUCCCUUGCAACAGUGUCAAGUGGGACAACUCUACUCGCACUGUCACUAAUAGCCGGCGUCAGCUAUUAUUACCUGUUCAAUGAUAAACGCUUUUCAUUAUCGGAAAGACUAUACUUUUUGAUAUGUAAACGAAAUAUCCAGGAAGCUUUGCUGGAGCAUGAAUUAUUGGAAGAACCUGAGCCCGAGAUCAUUACAGAAAACACACAAUUCGUCGACAUCAAUGGCCAUCGACUUCGGAUCGUGCACAUCAUUCACGAGUUGGGCAGUAAAGUACCUUUGAUUGUGUUUAUUCAUGGCUUAGGUGGACAGGUGUCACAAUGGAAGUGUCAAAUCGAGUACUUUUCGCAUACCGCACACAUCCUUGCCAUUGAUUUACUGGGUUGCGGCAAGAGCGAAGUGAGUAAAGACUGGGAGUCGUACACAACGGCAUCUCUCGUGGACGAUGUGAAGAAGCUAUUACUGGAUCGAUACAAAUAUCCGGCGACAGUCAUCAUUGCUCACUCGUAUGGUUGUUCAAUAGCAUCCUCUGUUGCAGCAUCACCUGAAAUACAAGCCAGUUUGAAAGGACUCGUCUUGAUUGCACCCAAGGAACACAUCAACGAGACACAAAAACGAAAUCAGAAUAAACUGAGGUGGAUACCCAAUUGGCUCUUCAAUUGCGCCAGAACAGCCGAUAGAAAAGGCGGAUUGCAUUCAAAAAGUGUGGAUCGCUUCUUGGGUACAGAGAUUAGUGAUGUAGAUAUUCGAAGAAGUCAAUUGCAAUGGAAUCUUCAGAGCAGGUCAUCUGUAUACAAGCGGUUUGUAAGAGGAGCGAGCUUCCCGGAUAAAAGUGUUUAUGACAAGAUCAAAGUGGGCGUGCUGCUGAUAGGCGGUGGACUAGACACCAUUACGCCACCUACUGAAAUGAACUUGAUCCGCAAUCAUCUACUUGGUUUGGAUGCUUCUCAAGACAACCAAUGGGAUGCAGUGACACCAUCUGAUAACAUGCGAGUGCCUGUACCCUAUGUGAUCCCUGAUGUGGGGCAUGUGCCUAUGGUGGUGCAUCCAGAGCUGGUGAACCCCGUUAUCUCUGAUUUUUUGAUCAAAAACUGUGGACUGAAUACACUAAGUGGCGCAUGGCAGAUAUUACACAAAACCAAAGGCGAGAACAAGUGGGAUUUAAAGAACUAUGCAAAAUGGGUCAGCAUUGCCAACAUCACAGAAGAGCCUAUUGGUCCCUCGCUGUUCAGAGCCAUGAAAGUAAUGCGUCAAACAGAUACAGCGCACUGCCCUUCAGCUUUACUCGCCAAAUAUCCUGAAAUUCGCUUUAUUAUUGACAUUUCCAACGACACACCACCUUACAGAGCGACUGAUUUCGAACACUCGAGGAUCGAAUACAUCAAGUUCAAAACCGUGUCCAAGAUUCCGCCUACAAGGGAAGAAGUAGCCAAGUUCAAUGAGAUUGCAGCCUCGUGUUGGGCAAAAAACCCAGAUGCCCAGGUUGCUGUGCAUUGUCAUUAUGGAUUCAAUAGAACUGGGUUCUUUAUUUGUUGCUAUAUGAUUGAAAGACUGGGUGUUGCUGUGCCUGAUGCACUGCGCUAUUUCAAAGUGGUCAGGCCACCAGGCAUCAGACAUACACACUUUAUUGAUGAACUGUAUCUACGCUAUGUAUUGAACCAACGAUGA